UUUUUUUCUUCUUUUUUGCAUAAUCCAGCAUGUCACAACAUCCUCAUUCAGCACUUCAUAUUUACCAAUUUCUCUCUUCUCUACACGAUCACUGCUCUGAUCAAGACACGUUUGAGGCUAUUUUGCUUUCAUUACGCACACCUCGAUUCACAGCUGUGUCAAAUAUCGCAGAACGAUGGAGACCUACUUUACUGAUACAAGCACCGAGUUUGGUUCAAGACUUUGAGCUAAUAAUAUCCAGUGCUGCUAAAUCACACGACUAUGAUACUCUUUUGAUGCGUGUGGCUGAACACUUUCCUCUCAUCUACCGAGUUUCUUGUUUCCUUGAAAACGAUCUUCAACUUGAACUGUUUGUACGUUGCCUUUGUCUGGAUAGUACAACGCCUGUCACUACACAAGAGGUACAGGCUACUGUACAACAAUUCCUGCAACAAUUGCCACAAGACAGCCAAGAAUACAUUCAAGCCAUUUUAAAGCAAGAUAGUCAUGGUUAUUAUACACAGACUUAUGAUGGCUUUUUGGAUCUCGAUCGAGUGUAUGAGAUUGUGAAUGAUCCUUACUUGUUUGAUCAGUUCAUGGCUAUUCUCCAGACAAAUACAAACAAUGGUGUGAUUUGGUCACAAACAAUUCAAGAAGUGUAUGAAUUAGUGCAUGGCAGGAGCAUUUGGGAGCAAUUAGCGCCUCUUUUACAACAGGCAUAUUCCAAACAAGGUAAAUGUAUUGAUUGUAGUCCAAGUAUAUUGAAUUAGAGUGUAGAUACACAGCAGUAUGCAUCUUAUGAAGACUAUGUACAAAAGAACUUUUUAGAUGAUGGUGGGCAACAAUACUUGGAUGAGGAAAUCAACCGUGCUCAAGUUGAAUAUAUGCUUGAUAGUUUGACCAUGUAACAUUCUUAUAAUAAAUUAUCUUGCGCCAGUCGUCGAUUUAAGGCACCGUCUGGCUUG